AGCCCAGAGUGGGUGAGGUGUUGGCUGCAGCCAGGGUUCGGUGGGUCCGGACCAAGUUGGUACAGUCCAAUCGUUCUUCCGGGUGAAGGACAAAAGCUAGGCGUAAGUUAUCCCAAGAGGGGAAGAGGAAAAGAUUAGAAAGAAAGAAGCGAGAAAGCGGAGGAUGGGCUAAAAAAAAAAACCGCCGCGUUCGUCUCCUUCCCCCAUUUCCUUCGUCUUCCCUCUCUUCUCUUCUGCCGCCGCUGCCGCUGCUCCUUCUCCUCCCCCUCUCUCCUGGUUGGUUGGGGGUGAGGGGCAGGGUCUCCGGGCGCCAUGAGCGGCGUCAGGCAGAGGUUUCCUCACCAGGAAAACAAUGCCGGCCAUGGUGAUCGUUACCGGCGACCUGAUCGCGUCAACGAUGAGAACCGGGCCUUCAACAUCAUCCCCAUUCACAAUCUCCUCGAGGACCACCCUUCUCUGCGGUUCCCUGAGGUCAGAGCCGCGGUUGCGGCUCUUCGGACGGUGGGGCAGCUCCGUCGACCUCCCUUCUUCGAGUGGUCGGGUUCCAUGGACCUGCUCGAUUGGCUCGGCGCCUUCUUCGGCUUCCAAACUGACAAUGUCCGGAACCAGCGGGAGCAUCUCAUCCUCCUCCUCGCCAACGCCCAGAUGCGGAUCCAGCCGCCCCCGGAUAACGUAGACGCCCUUGAUCCCUCCGUCGUCAGCAAGCUCCGCAAGAAGUUGCUGAAGAACUACACCUCCUGGUGUGCUUUCCUCGGCCGGUCGUCCAACAUCUGGAUCUCGUCCGGCCGCGGCCGCUCGGACGAGCGCCGCGAGCUCCUCUACGUUUCGCUGUACCUCCUGGUCUGGGAGGCGGCCAAUCUCCGGUUUAUGCCCGAGUGCCUCUGCUACAUCUUCCACCACACGGCUAUGGAGCUCAACCGGAUUCUCGAGGAUUAUAUCGACGAGAACACCGGCCAGCCCGCGGUGCCGUCUUACACGGGGGAGAACGCCUUCCUCCAGAGAGUGGUUACGCCUUUGUACCAGACGGUGAAGGCGGAGGUGGAUUCUAGCGGGAACGGCACCGCCCCUCACUCCGCCUGGCGGAACUACGACGACAUCAACGAGUACUUCUGGACCAACCGGUGCUUCUCGCAGUUGGGUUGGCCCCUGAAGCUGUCGUCAAAUUUCUUUAUUCUCCCAAAUGAUGCCGCCGCGCAGCAGAGGGGGAUCUCCUCCUCCCCCUUCCAACAGCAACAGGUGACGGCGACGCCGGUUACCAGGAGAGCGUUCCGGAAGAACAAGGUGGGGAAGACGGGCUUCGUUGAGCAGAGGUCGUUCUGGAACCUUUUCCGGAGCUUCGAUCGCCUCUGGAUCAUGCACAUCCUCUUCUUUCAGGCGGCGGUCCUCGUGGCUUGGGAUCAAUCCGGUACGCCGUGGAAGGCUAUCCAGAACGACGGCGACCUGCGAGUCAAGCUCCUAAGCGUCUUCAUCACCUGGGCGGGACUGAGGUUCCUGCAGUCCCUCCUGGACGCUGGAAUGCAGUACAGUCUGGUGUCCAGGGAGACGUUGGCCCUGGGAGUCAGGAUGGUGCUGAAAAGCGUCGUCGCGGCCGGGUGGGCAGUGGUAUUUGGGGUGCUCUACGCCCGGAUUUGGCCACAGAGGACCAGGGCAGCGAGGAAUCAGCAGGUGCGAAACUACCUCUAUGCUUCGGCCGUGUUCGUGUCGCCGGAGGUGCUGGCCAUCAUUCUCUUCGUGGUGCCGUGGGUGAGGAACUUCCUUGAGCAGAAGAAUUGGAAGGUGUUCCACGUCCUGACAUGGUGGUUUCAGAGCCGGAUCUUCGUGGGGCGUGGCCUGCGGGAGGGGAUCUUCGACAACCUUGCUUACACGAUCUUCUGGGCUGUCGUCCUGGCGACCAAGUUUAUGUUCAGCUACUUCCUGCAGAUCAAGCCCAUGAUCGCCCCAACCAAGGUGGUGCUUUCGCUCACCACGGUCAAGUACCGGUGGCACGAGUUCUUCAAGCAUUCCAACAGGUUCGCCGUCGGCCUCCUCUGGGCGCCCGUCGUCCUCAUCUAUCUCAUGGAUAUAUCCAUCUGGUACUCCAUCUAUUCCUCCUUCACGGGGGCGCUCGUCGGCCUUUUCUCCCACCUUGGGGAGAUCAGGAACCUGCAGCAGCUUCGCCUCCGCUUCCAGUUCUUCGCGAGCGCGAUGCAGUUUAACCUCAUGCCGGAGGAGCAUCUCUUGAAGUCUCAGGGUACGCUCAAGAACAGGUUCCAAGACGCCAUCCGCAGGCUGAAGCUCAGAUACGGGUUCGGGAAGCCGUAUACGAAGAUCGAGUCGAACCAGGUCGAGGCCACCAAGUUCGCGAUGAUAUGGAACGAGAUCAUCACUACCUUCCGACAGGAGGACAUCGUGAGCGAUCAAGAAGUGGAGCUCCUGGAGAUUCCGGCCAACGCCUGGAACAUCAGGGUCGUCCGGUGGCCCUGCCUCCUCCUCUGCAACGAGCUUCUGCUUGCCCUCAGCCAGGCCACGGAGCUUCGGGCGUCGGACCAGACGCUGUGGAAGAAGGUCUGCAAGAAUGAGUAUAGGCGAUGUGCCGUCAUCGAGGCCUACGAUAGCGUCAAAUUCCUGCUGGAGAGGAUUGUCAGAGACCGAACGCAGGAGCAUGUCAUCGUUUCCUCUAUUUUCGGGGAGCUGGACGAUGCCAUUGCUGCCGGGAGGCUUACCUCCUCAUACGAGAUGAAGAAGCUGAAGGACAUCCACGCCAAGCUCAUCGUACUUGUGGGGGUCCUCCUGAAGAAGCCCGGUGCCAAGGACGCUGGGACGAUGCAGAAUGUGGUAGACGCCUUGCAGACGUUGUACGACAUUUGCAUCCGGGACCUGCCUAGACAGAAGAGGACGACUGAGGAGCUGAAGUUGGGAGGCCUAGCGCCGACCACUGGUGGCGGUGGCUUGUUGUUCGAAAACGCCGUGGACAUCCCCGACCCAGAGGCGGAUUCAUUGUUCUACCGGCAGCUGAGGAGGCUCUCCACCAUCCUGAUGUCCAGGGACUCCAUGCACAAUGUCCCCAGAAAUCUCGAGGCCAGGCGGAGGAUCGCCUUCUUCAGCAACUCCCUCUUCAUGAACAUGCCGCGCGCUCCCCAGGUGGAGAAGAUGCUCGCCUUCAGCGUCCUGACUCCCUACUACGAUGAAGACGUCAUGUACAGCAGGGAGCAGCUGCGGACGGAGAACAGCGACGGUAUCUCCAUCCUCUUCUACCUUCAGAGGAUCUAUCCAGAUGAAUGGCAAAACUUUCUGGAACGAAUGCAGGGGGAAGGGAUGAAGAAUCCAGACGAAGUGUGGACUACCAAGGUGAGGGAACUCCGCCUAUGGGCCUCUUAUAGAGGACAGACGCUGGCUCGAACCGUCCGGGGGAUGAUGUAUUACUACAAGGCGCUCAAGAUGCUGGUCUUCCUGGAUUCUGCGUCGGAGAUGGACGUCCAACAGGGGUCCAGAGAGCUCGCUGCCGCCAGCUCGGGCUCAUCCUUUCGCCGGGAGGAGAACAUCCACUCGCCGGGUGCUUCAGCUCGGAGUCUCAGUAGGGAGAGUAGUGGGGUCAGCAUGCUGUUCAAGGGUCACGAGUACGGGACGGCCCUUAUGAAAUUCACGUAUGUGGUUGCCUGUCAGAUCUACGGCAAUCAGAAGGCUAAGAAGGAUCCUCGUGCGGACGACAUUCUCUAUCUGAUGAAGAACAAUGAGGCACUUCGAAUUUCUUACGUGGAUGAGGUGAAAACCGUUGAGGAGGCGCGGUACUACUCUGUGCUGGUGAAAUACGACCAGAAGCUCCAGAAGGAAGUGGAGAUCUACCGUAUCAUACUUCCUGGCCCCGUGAAGCUUGGGGAAGGCAAGCCGGAGAAUCAAAAUCAUUCUUUCAUCUUCACGAGGGGCGAUGCCGUGCAGACCAUCGACAUGAACCAAGACAAUUACUUCGAGGAGGCUCUAAAGAUGCGGAAUCUGCUGGAGGAAUACAAGCAGGUAUACGGAAUCAGGAAGCCCUCCAUUCUUGGCGUUAGGGAGAAUAUUUUUACCGGUUCUGUUUCGUCUCUCGCGUGGUUCAUGUCUGCACAAGAGACGAGCUUUGUCACACUGGGACAACGGGUUCUGGCAUGGCCUCUCAAGGUGCGGAUGCACUACGGGCAUCCUGAUGUGUUUGAUAGGCUCUGGUUCUUGAGCAGGGGAGGAAUCAGUAAGGCCUCCAGGGUGAUUAACAUCAGUGAGGACAUAUUUGCUGGCUUCAACUGCACUUAGGGAGGGAACGUCACCCACCAUGAGUACAUUCAAGUAGGGAAAGGACGGGAUGUAGGAUUGAAUCAAAUCUCGAUGUUUGAGGCCAAGGUAGCUAGUGGCAAUGGGGAGCAGAUUUUGAGCAGGGACGUCUAUAGGUUGGGACACAGACUGGACUUCUUACGAAUGCUUUCCUUCUACUACACCACUGUAGGGUUCUUCUUCAACACCAUGAUGGUUGUGCUUACCGUGUAUGCCUUUCUGUGGGGUCGCUUGUAUCUGUGUCUCAGUGGCAUUGAGUCUUCUAUAGUGGCGCAGUCUACCAACAAUGCAUUAAUAACGACUCUGAACCAGCAGUUUAUCAUCCAGCUUGGCUUGUUCACAGCUCUUCCGAUGAUUGUUGAAAACUCCAUUGAACAUGGGUUCCUUGGAGCGAUUUGGGAUUUCUUGACAAUGCAGCUUCAGCUUUCUUCUGUUUUCUAUACUUUCUCAAUGGGUACUCGCACACAUUUCUUUGGAAGAACGAUCCUUCAUGGUGGAGCAAAGUAUCGGGCAACUGGGCGUGGGUUUGUGGUUCAGCAUAAGAAGUUUGCUGAGAACUACAGACUCUACUCCCGAAGUCAUUUCAUCAAGGCCAUUGAACUGGGCGUGAUCUUGAUUGUUUAUGCAGCAUAUAGCUCAGUUGCGUCUUUUGCUUCCAGCACAGCCGUUUACAUUAUUAUGACAUUGUCAAGUUGGUUCCUAGUACUAUCCUGGAUCAUGGCACCCUUUAUCUUCAACCCAUCGGGCUUGGACUGGCUGAAGGCUGUGUAUGAUUUUGAUGAUUUUAUGAACUGGAUAUGGUAUACAGGUGGGGUGAAUGCAAAAGCAGAUCAAAGUUGGGAGAAAUGGUGGUAUGAGGAACAAGAGCAUCUCAAGAAAACCGGUCUGUGGGGGAAGGUCCUUGAGAUAAUUUUAGAUUGCCGCUUCUUUGUUUUCCAGUAUGGCAUUGUUUACCAGCUUGGCAUUUCUAACAAUAGCACCAACAUAUCGGUCUACUUGAUUUCCUGGGUUUUUGUGAUAGUGAUUCUGGCAAUUUAUAUAGUUAUGUCCUAUGCUAAAGACAGAUAUGCUGCAAAGGAGCACAUCUAUUACAGAGCUAUUCAAUCCCUUGUCAUAGUCUUGACGAUCUUGAUUGUGGUUGUAUUGUUGAAGUUCACUGGCUUCAAGUUUACUGAUGUGCUUACCAGUCUUUUGGCGUUUAUCCCCACUGGUUGGGGCUUGAUAUCAAUAGCCCUGGUACUUAGGCCAUUUCUGGAGCAAACUAUUGUGUGGAAUACUGUCGUUGCAAUAGCUCGACUGUAUGAUGUGCUUUUUGCUGUCAUAGUUAUGGCUCCUACUGCUCUACUAUCUUGGUUGCCUGGAUUUGCAUCAAUGCAGACAAGGAUCUUAUUCAAUGAGGCAUUUAGCAGGGGUCUUCACAUUUCUCGCAUACUGACUGGAAAGAAAUCUAAUGUUGACUGGUGAAUGAGGGUGUAGGACGGAAUCCUGUGAAUUUUUGGCUCCUAGACCAGUUGUUGGAUGAAUCCUGUGAAUGUGCGGCUCCUAGAUCAGUUAUUGGUGUAUGAUCUAUCUUCAUGUUUGGAUGUAUAUGGCGGAUAAUUAGUACACUUACGGAGCUUUUUCUUCAAAUUUUCCCUUGUAAUUAAUUUGUGCAGUUCUCAUGUCAGCAUUUAGCCUUCUUAUUUCAUUGUUGGAGCAGUUUUUCUGGGUGAUGUUCCUUUCUUUGUGCGGAAUCAUAGAAUGAUUAGUGUAUGCUUCUGAAAUUCUUUUGAUGCUUCCCUCCAUUCUGUAAUUAAUUCGUUGUCAAUGCAAAUGCUAGUAUUUCUCUUUCC